AUGAGCUUCAAUGACUUGGAAAGUGGAGGCGUGCCACUGUCUACGCCCAACGAAUCACCCGGCGUUUCGAAUGAGUUCAUACAGCUCAAAGAUAAGCUGAGCAUUAGUAUAUUUAAAAUAAACGGUAAUAUACAAGGUAUCAACCGUAUCGUAGCUGUUUUGGGCACAGCGAAAGAGCAAGGUGACUCACGGGACAGACUACAUGAGCUACUUGAGUCUACAAGGCUCAUUGUCAAGAAUACCACUGAGAACGUGCGUAAUUUUACAAACUGGGAUUAUGGCGCACAUCCGGCGAAUAGUCCACAGAUAAUACGCAACACGCAGUCCAAGAUUAGCAGAGACUUUAGUGGAGCUUUGCAGUCAUUCCAGAGAGUGCAGAAGGAUGCAGCGGAGCGAACGAAAUUGUCGACGGAGAAGGAGCUGUCGAGAAGAGUUGAAGGGGCAGCCCAGCCAGCCCAGCCCGAUGAGGUGCUGUAUAAUCACCAGGAUAUAUACCAGGGAGAGUUGCAAGAAGAGCAGCAGCAGCAACAGGAACAACACCAACAACAAAUACACCCGCGUAGAAUCACAGAAGCUGAAAUGGCAUACCAAGAUGGAUUAAUUGAGGAGCGUGAUCACGAGAUUAGAGAUAUUGAGACCGGUAUACACGAAUUAAACGACAUUUUUAGAGAUCUAGGUGGAAUUGUCGUUGAACAGGGUGGAAUGCUCGACAAUAUAGAGUCAAACGUAGAUAAUAUCUCCUCAGAUGCCAACAGAGCUAAUGACCAAUUAAUUUCUGCGCACGAGUACCAGCAGCCCACCUCACCCACCAUAUCACCCGCGUUGAUUUACUUUAUACAGAACAGCUCCCCUUCCAAUCACGAUGAAAGUCCUCAGUCUCAGAAAGUAGCGAGGUCAACACCGACGGUUUCCAGCCCCAAAUUUGAAUCGACUACGGCAGAGUUGAAUAAGCGGCCGCUUUCUACUAUGUUCAAUAACGUUGGCAGUGCGUCAGGGUCCACGAGUAGUCACGCGCAUGCACAUACGCAUACACACAUACAAACACAAACACACACACUGGAAGAAGACUUCAGAUCGGAUAUGCGGUCUAAUAGGUCGUCUACAGGUACACUAGGUACCAUCACGAGGAAUAGUCUCAGAAGAAGAACUAAACCAAGUCUCCAGCUCUUCAACUCGCCUACAAGCAGCCAUCAACCACAAGAACAUCAAUCACCUUAUACUCCCACACUAAAACCAUCUUCAACCCAUCAUAGAAAUUUAUCAACGGAAUACCUCUCUCAUAAAAUACAAGGAUGGAUGCCAAAUUUCACAAACUCACUCUCAACUCCUCAGAUUUCGACGGAGUCUUCUUCGUAUGACAAUAACCACAAAGAGUCCAAGGACUCGAAAGAUAACAGCAAACGUGGUAUGCUCGGUAAAGCAUUCUCGAGUUUACACUUUAACGACUUGGGUAAGUCUAGUCCCCAGAAUAGCAUCCUCAACUACAGAUUGCGCAUUGGAUACCCAAAUCAGCGUUUAGUAUUUGGUGCAUGUUUGUGGCAAUCCACAUACACAACUAAGAUUGAUAAAUCUCCUUCGCUAUGGAAAAUACCAAUUGAAGCAAAAGAGUACUUGCCAUGUCUGGUAAUCAGAUGCUUUGAAUAUCUCAUUCAAUGGGCAAUGGUUGAAGAAGGUAUUUUCAGGAUUUCAGGGAAGUCUUCACAGAUAUUACAACUUCGCAAUGAAUUUGAUAGCGGGAGUGAUAUCUAUUUGAGAGAUAUACAUCCUUCCAUACUAGAUCCACACGCCGUUGCAUCAAUAUUCAAAGCUUAUUUAAGGGAAUUACCACAUAACAUACUCACAAAUGAGAAUAUACCACAAUUCAACGAUUUCAUGCAGAUAUCAUAUAAAGUAAAUGCAGUUACCUCAGAUGACACACCAGCAGCUGCAUUAAAGUGUAACUAUAAACAAUGCGAUCAAAUUGACAGUAGUGAUGUCGAUUUGAAGCUGUUGAAAGAUAUUCUAUCAGAACUACCGCAUUCAAACUAUUGGUUAUUACGACUAACGAUGAAAAUUCUUAAGUUGACAGCUGAUAAUAGUGAGGUGAACAAAAUGACCCUAUCAAAUCUAGUACUCGUAAUAUGUCCGUCAGUUUGUUUAUCAGCGAUAUUCGUCAAAAUUUUAGUCAAGCACUUUGAUUAUCUUUUCGGGAUUGAUCAUGUAUUCGAAGAUAGUGAGGAUGAUGAGCUUAGUUAUUUGCGUCCAGAAACAAGCCAGCUGGUGUCAUCUAGUGGUGAAAGAAGGAAGUUCAAGCUACUAAGCAGCAAGCGUGAUAAGAAGUAA